UUCAUUACGGUCGGAAACGUGUCAGGUAUUUGUAAAAUUAGUGCCGUUUUUUGGAUUUAAGAGACUUAACUGUGAACUGAUAUUUAGGUUUUUACUCUAUUCAUCCAUAUUUUGUUGACACAGAAAUUUUUCGCCGAAAUUACAUUACUCCUGAUCUAUUGCCAUGGGAAAAAAAUCAGAUCACAACAACAACCAACGCACUUGAUGUAGAUAUGAACAAAAUAUUCCAAUUAGUGUUGCUGUGCUACAUUAGUUUGAUUGUUUUCAUUUUAAUUGAAUCGGGGGAUGCCAACGAAGAGAAAACGAAUAACCAUGUUAGACAGAGGAGAUACUUGAGCUUCAAGAAUAAAACGAAGUUUUUUCUCCGUCUCAACUUCAAAGCUAACAUGGUGCCAUGGACCCAGAUAUUCGCCCAAGCACUAGGGUUCCGUAUGAACUGGGACGCGCCUCCUGAUACCUUUCAUCCUUACAAACACUUCUCUAGGCGAAGCGUUUAUAACCACUUGGAGCACUUACUUGACAGGCAGGGGUUGAAUGGACACCAAUGCGUGCGGCGGGCCAUUUGCGAGAUGGAAGCGCGCGCCCCGCGGGGCAUAUACCACAAAAUUUUAAAAAUGGUGUUCAGGAAACAAUCGUCGGACACCGAUAAGUGGCACAACAACACCACCAAAGAAGACUGCUUAGUAACUUAUACCAAAUGUCCAUUCUCUUUCUUGGACAUAUCUCAGUACACGGAUUUAUAGCUUUUAAGUUAAAAAGUUUAAGAUUAAAUUAUUAUGAUUAAAAUAAUUUAACGUGUGGCAUGUUGCGGAAACCUUGGUCUACUGACACUUACGCCAAUAUUCACAAACGAUGCUUGCUUAUAAAGCAGCAAAUCGAAAGCACAGCGUUGAAUAGAGCUCUCUGAUUGGUUCGUGUGCCACCCUGUGCUUCCACGCGCACUGUGAGACCUCAUAGUAAUGUUUGUGAAUACGGGCGUUAUUGUAGACUUAAUAAGGAUCAUAGGCAUCUCUAGGUCUUAGUGUCUAUUUCUGCAAGCAAUAGUUUAUGUCUUCAUAUUUCACAACGAAGUUGCAUAAUUAUUAAAUUGAACAAGACUGCUAGUGCUUUUGAGAAUGUGUUCCUAUCAAUACAAAUUG